GGUAGCCAGCGGGAAACUUUCUAAAUACAAUAAAUACAUAAACUAAAAAAACCCCUCUCUGAUUGCAGUAAAGAAAGUUUUUGAAGGUGAAAUUCUGCGGCUUAUUGAUUCAUGGCGUUAUCGAGGCUUCGACAUCCGGUGAUCUCUCGAGCCCCUUCGCUGCUCAGGGCUCGUUUUCUAUAUUUUUCUUCCUCUCAUCCAUCAUUCUAUCGUUCCAGGAUGCUGAUCUCUAAUGCUGAUUUUGAGGUCACUUUGUUAAGGCCUGCUCCUUUUUCAAAGUUCAGUGGAGUCCAUGACAUUUCUUCUAAGCUGAAGUUGCAGAGUGGUGUCCGAAAUUAUUCAUCUUCAGAACCACCUCAUUUAGUGAUUCAGAUGCCAGCUUUGUCACCUACAAUGACUCAAGGUAACAUUGCAAAGUGGAGGAAGAAAGAGGGAGAUAAGAUAGAAGUGGGGGAUGUGAUAUGUGAAAUAGAGACGGACAAAGCUACCCUUGAGUUUGAAUGUCUUGAAGAAGGGUUUCUGGCUAAGAUACUAGUGCCUGAAGGUUCAAAGGAUGUGCCUGUGGGACAGCCUAUAGCAAUUACGGUCGAGGAUUCAGAUGAUAUAGCUAGUGUUCCGGCUGCUGUUAGUGGAUCAGAAGUCAAAGAUAAUAAACAAAAUAUCACACGAGAAGAUGGUGCACAGGAAUCAAGUUCUGUGGACAUUAAGACAUCUGAACUUCCUUCUCACGUUGUUCUCAACAUGCCAGCACUAUCCCCAACCAUGAAUCAGGGUAAUAUUGCCAAAUGGAGGAAAAAGGAAGGCGAUAAGAUUGAGGUGGGUGAUGUUAUUUGUGAAAUCGAAACAGACAAAGCUACCCUUGAAUUUGAAAGCCUUGAAGAGGGGUUCUUGGCUAAGAUACUAGCUCCUGAAGGCUCAAAGGAGGUAGCUGUGGGACAGCCCAUUGCAAUAACUGUUGAGGAUCCCAAUGACAUCGAAGCUGUAAAAACAUCUGUUAGUGGUGGUGUGGGUGUCAAAGAAGAAAAACCCAUCCAACGUAGUACUACCAAGGAUAUAAAAACUCCAACUAGUUUCACUCGAAUUAGUCCAGCUGCCAAGUUACUCAUCACGGAGCAUGGGCUCGAUGCAUCAUCAAUAAUGCCAUCUGGUCCUCGCGGUACUCUGUUGAAGGGGGAUGUUUUGUCUGCAAUAAAGUCAGGCAAAGGAUCCACCAGAAUCUCUGAACCUGAGAAGAAAAUUUCUCCAUUAUCUUCGCCCCAGCCGUCGGCUUCUUCCUCGACAUCAUUAGGAUCAAAAUCUGAUGUACAACGGACAGAUGCUCAUGAAGAUUUGCCUAAUAGUCAAAUCCGAAAGGUAUUUUUUAUUUAUUGAAUAAGUUUCUAGGAC